AUGAGUCAUAUAAAAAACAAUACUGAAGUGGCUAGAGAUAAAGCUAGAGUUCAAAAUGAGACAUUAAAGGUUUUCCUUAGUGAAUUUUUUGGAACCUUUCUUCUCUGCUUUAUUGGUCUUGCAAUAAACGCUCAAUUUAUCCUCCGUCAUGAAAAAUUAAACCAAUGGAUUAAUGUUAAUUUUGGAUGGGCUUUUGCUAUUGUUUUUUCUGUUAUGGCUACUGCAAAAACAUCUGGGGCUCACUUGAAUCCAGCUAUCACUUUUAUGUUUUAUACCUAUGGAAAUAUUGGUCUUGUAAAGAUGUUUGUUUAUUUCGCUGCUCAAACUUUAGGUGCAUUUUUGGGGGCUGCUGGAGUUUAUGGUUUUUAUUAUGAAGCUAUAAAUCAUUUUGAUGGUGGUAUACGUGCUGUUGUUGGUAGUACUGCUACAGCUGGAAUAUUUGCAUCAUAUCCUGCACCCUAUUGUUCUUUCUUUGGUGCAUUUUUAGAUCAAAUUGUAGGAACAGGACUUUUAGCAUUAUUUGUUUCUGCAAUUAUUGAUCCAAGAAAUGAAGUUCCAUCUCAUUUACAUGCUUUACUUUUUGGAGGAGUUCUUGUUAUGAUUGGUUGUUCAUUUGGUAUGAAUCUUGGUUAUCCAAUAAAUCCAGCUAGAGAUUUUGGUCCAAGACUUUUUACACUUCUUACAUAUGGUUCUGAUGUUUUCAACUCUCCAUCUGCCUACUAUUGGAUUGCACCAACAUUUGCUCCAUUAAUUGGUGCUGCUGUUGGAGGAUGGCUUUAUCAUGCUUUUAUUGGUUUCCAUCUUUCUGAUCCAAUUAAAAAAGAUUAUAUUCCAAUCAAUGUUGCUGCUUAA